AUGCCUAACACUCGCGAGGAUUCGAUAAGGAAGAACAAUAAGCGACUGAGAUUGGCUACGCCGAAGAGAAACUGGAAACGGUUUGAAUCAGUUGUACAGCAACGUCAUAAGGGAAAACGACAUAUAGUACAUCGUAGUCGAAGGGUAGAGUACAAAGUAUAUAAGCCAGCUGAGACCGGGAAAACACUAAGGAAUGAAAAUACUUCGAAUGAAAGUUCAAAAGUACUGGGAUGGUUGGAAUCAAUGAUAAAAAGGGGCCGUUCUGUUCUGUCGUCUCUGAACGAGGAUGAGAAAGCUUUCGAUUUGGAGUUACAAGAAGAAGCUAGACAAUCGUUAGCCCAUGAAAGAUUAGUGGAAAGUGUUUUGAAUGAAGACUUAGAAGCUCCUGUUACUACGUCUGCAGGCAAUGGUUACGGGACGGAUACGUCAUUCAAGAACUUUAACAGUAUAUUGCACAAUAGUCUUGCUGAUACUGCCGAAUUUGAUGAGGGCAAUUCGAAUGAGGAGUUAUUCGAGGAUCAAGAUGAGGAAGCAGAGCUUGACGACAGAGCAACUCGUUUUGCAGAUUCAAUUGGAGAGAUUAAUGUUCCUGGCAGUUCAUUUGCGAUUCUUGAGGAUGUCGAAAACCAAGAUGCAGAAAAAGGGUGGAACUCUGGUUUCGAAGGGAAUUCAGAUGCUUCAUUAGAUGAUGUAGCGCAACCUGAAAAUAAUCAAAAUGAGGAUGAUGAGGAUAUAAUUGAACUGAUAAGCUCAAGCGACCAACCAGGCAUCUCCGAAGAAGAAGGAAAUCAACGGUCUAACGACGAGAAUUGGGGUGAACAAGCCAUUCAACUGUCUCAGGAUGAGGAACCUGAAGAAGAUGAGAUGGUCGAUGAAGAGAGCCAAGAAGAAGAGCAAAAUGAGCAUCAAUUUCACAUCAGAUUUGAUCCAGCAAACAAAGCUGAUCUUGAUGGUGAAGAUGAACCAAUGUAUGAAUCAGACAACACAAGUGGUGACGAACACGGUAUGAGCCACGUACAGAUUGGGGAGGAAGAGAUAGGCAGUCAAAGUGAAGAAGCGGAAGAAGAAGCUAGCCCGGUGGAAAUAGAAGAUCAAUUGCAGAUAAGGAUAGGCGAACAGGACGAUCAGGAAGACAUUAACGAAAGUGAUCAGCAAUAUGCGCAAUACCAAAGAGAUUCAUAUACUGAGGAUCCUGGGGUUAGCGACGGUGUUUACGAUUCCACCGAAAAUGGCGUCAUCCGUCACUCACCACCCUCCACGAUUAAGGGCGAUGGGAUUGAAGCAUUUAAAGGUCAGCCCGAAACUUCUAAUGACUUCUCUUGCCGGCCCGAGGCUGCCCAGAUUGCCGUUGAAGGUUCUGAGACCCCAAUAAUUGCAGGUAGUUCGAGUACUGAAAAUGUCGAGCCAGCCAAGAGAGAGAUUUAUACCGACCAAAGCAUUAACCAUUCGCCAUCCAAUUCGCCAUUUCUAUCAGGCGUGGAUGCUUGCGACUACAAGGCUAUAGCUAAUGCAGUGAUAAACCAGAUACCUCUCCAAGCAGAAGAGUUAGAUGUAGGUGUUGAAAAUGAGGACGGAGCUCAUAAUGACGAUGUAAAUAUCGACUCAACCAGGGUAAUCAAGGCGUCCUAUCCUAAUCAGACUACAAGGCACGAUACUUCCCAUAAUGAUGAUCAGGAUGAUGAGGACGAGGGCUUUGUACAAACUGUUACCAAGGUAACUAAAACAGACACCGACUCCGGUGUAAAUGGCCUAAUAAUCCACGAGACAUCCACAGUAGAACAAGAGCACCCAGAAACUAAUUCCUUCUCUUUAGACGAAACCACCAUUUAUCACUCAUUUGUGGAUGAAGAUACUGACGGUAGAACCGUAGAUCACUUAUCACCAAUCAAAGACAUCAAAAAGGAAUUCGAAGUUAAAAUUGUCUUCACGGAGUCAGUGUACAGCUCAUCAUCGUAUGACGAGAACGACAAUGUCGCAGAGGAGGAACCAGAUUAUAUUUCACCACUUACGGAGAAUCCGUUCCAGCAUGCGUCCGAUGGAGAGGAUAAAGACAUAUUGAAGAGGACUUUAGCGUCACUAGAAGGAAGAACGGAUAAUGGAAAGAUCGCCAUUGGGACCAAUUCUGUUUCUGCGGCCGAAGAAAAUAGAUCUCAAACCAAUCCAAGUGAGCCAAGGGGGUUGUUGAAUGUUGUACAUUGCAAGGGAGGCCAUGAUAUCCAUGAUGAUGAUAGGGUCUCAAGAUCUUCUUAUACAGGUGGUGAAAACUUUGGGCCAUUUCCUGCAGAUAUAAAACUUCAUGGAGGUUUGCGCACUCGAGAGUCCUCCGUAACGUAUAUGUCGAAUGCCAUUGCGGCCCGGGAUGAGACGGCUAGCGCCAGUCAUGACAAAAGUUCCCAGUAUAAUGGGCAAACCGCUUCUCGUCGUGAAGAGCAUGGAAGCUUGAGUCACCUAAAAGAAGAAGAAAUUUCAGAGUAUUUAAGCGCAGUACUCGAAGCGUCAGGCAGGAUCGAAGACGGUACAGGUCCGAAUGAGGCUUCCACGGAUUUUUAUAUUGAAGAAAUGAACAUCCCUGAAAUGAACAUCCAUCCUUUGGUUCAGACUGAACCAAUAAUAGAGGCUAAUGAAUCAAUUAUUUGUGGCUCACCUGCCAGGGAUACGGUCGACGCUAUCUACCACGAGAUGAAGAUUAUAGAAGACAUAACUGAAUGUAGAGGGACUACGCGCUCGGAUGAUGAGAUUGUGGUCAUUAUACAAACAACGCCUAUCAUUGAAGUCCCUUUCGCGUCCCACGACUUUUGGCCUGCCCAGUCAAUUGGUGAAAGAACAGAUAGCCCACCAGCAACUCAAUUUUACGAUGAAGAUCAGUUUGCUGCUUCACGAAAAAGGACAUUUUCUACGCUAGAAGAUGAUGCAAGUGUUGAUGAAACGCUUACUACCGCUCGACAAAAUACAACCGAGUGGUUUGCCAAAGUUUCAGAUACUACUACCCGUAAUGAGGACAGUGAGGUCGACCAACCUGAAACUUCGCAAUCCUUGGAAGCAGUGCACCUAGCGGCACAAGAGCAACAGACCAAGAUAAGAAAAUCUGCUCUAUCAUCGGACGACCACUAUGAUGCUCCUUCGGCGGGUCAAAACAGUACUCUAUUUGGACACCUAGCUACAGGCUCCCUGCCGAAAAAGUUAAUCUCUUCUCCUGUGCGUGCAAUUUCUUCAAUCGUCACCGGGAUGAAGGAAGUGGGUAGUGUUGCAUCCAGUUUUGUAAAAAGUCUUGAUUUAAUGAAUUUGGAGGAUGACACACAGAAGCAAGAAACGCCAGAUGAGCACUGCGACAAAGUGGUUGUGAAGGAGCAAAAGACGACUUUAGACAAGUCCAGUAGUUCAGAAAAUAUGGCGCAUCAAGUUACGGAGGAAAUUAUCAUAGAGAAGGACAUUGUUGAGAAAAAGAGUACAGAAUUUACAAUCGAAGAGGUCGCCUUAGAAUCCAGCACCGUGGAGUCUGACACUGCGAAGCCUGACAUUAAGGAACAAACCAUAACGCUAGAGUCGAAUCGUAACGACAAAUAUUCAAGCAAUGCCAUUAAUGAGCAAAACAUCAGUGAUGAUAACGUUAAUGAGGAUAAAGCGUCUAUUUCACAAGCUCAUGAUGAAAUCGUUAGGGAAACUUCCGAUGAUGGAUGUACCAUUGAAAGGCAACGUAUCGCAGAGCUUGAAGUUAAUAUGUCGGAUGCUGAUGGCAGUCAUAUUGAUCAAGGUUUCAGGCCAAAGUCACCGCCUCAUGAUGGAAAUUUCACCAGUGAGAACUCGAGACCUUCAAAUCUACCAGUAACCUUUGAUGACAAGGAAAAACAAGAUGUAACGAUCUACGUUGAAGUCGAGAGCUCGUCAUCAUCUGAUGAGAAUCUGACAUUGGAGCUUUAUCCGGCAGACUCUCUUCAUAGCUUGGGUGAAAAAAUAAUCGAGAAUGAUGAAGGGCAAAAGAAUUCUUCAGGAGACGAGACAUCUGAAGCAGAAGAAAAGAAUCGAUGUAGAAAUGAGGUGACCAUAUCUAAUGUGCGGGCCUUACAGCAGCUGGCCAAGAAAAUAAGCAGUGCACAACCGGCGAGCUCUGAUGAGGACGAAAAAACCAGUAAUGCCCCAGCCGAAGAGUCUGAUAAAGAAAGUUUGCCAAUUGGUGUUGAAGUUGAUACUGAAAAUCAAAUUGACCUUAAAAUUAGUACUCAAGAUGACUCUCAAGCAGACGUGUCAAUUAUCAAAGAAAGAGAUCCUUAUCCGGUGGAAUCUACAUUAAUAUCCGAUUUCAAUGUCUCGAAAAUUGGCAACAGAAAUGACUCCGGCCUUGUGAGAGACGAAGCUCUCUCAAACCAGCCCCAAUCCGUCUCUGCUAGUAACUUCGAAGGACAUGUGUUACCUGCAAAUCUUCCAUCAGAUCCACCUUCGGAGGAAAGCUCUGACCCUAGCGACGAUGAAUCGGAGGAUAAUGGGAACAUGGCAGAUCUAAAAGGCGAUCCCAGUGAAUAUCAGGGCGAGCUCGAGAAAGCUUCCCCAAAUUAUUACACUAUUGAGGGCAGCAGCGAUGAAGGUGAGGGGAGAGAGAUACCCGUUAAAGUCGAAAGCAAGGCAUGUGAGGCUCCAGUUCCUGUUCCAGUGCAAGUGGAAGAAUCUCCCGAAGAAAACAUCAUCGAAGACAGAGAUGAAGAUAUCGAUUCAGCAGUGGAGAACGAAAACGUCACUUCCGGCUUGCUCCAAUCAUCAAGCACCAAACCACAGAAACGCAAGUCUACCUUGCCUGCUUUACAAAAGCAGACAGGCCUCACGAAAACUCGCAAGAAGGCAAAACUGGGCAAGAAAGAUGACAAAAGAUCAAAAAAAUGGAAUCCUAAAAAUAAAAACUCUAAGGCAAAGAAGAGAAGAAACCAGCGUGAAAAGAAGUUAUAG